CUUCGACCAUAUUAUCACGGCCCGAAUCGUAUAGCAAUGAUACCUGCGUCAACCGCUGAUGAGAAUAGCUGUGUAUGCAUGCAACUCUGGGGUGGCUGGUGCACAGCUAGUGACAUGCAGAUCCUCAAGUCUCACAGCACAAAGUUCCGAAGGCGGAAACUGUUAUCUAAUCAUGCCCGAGUGCAUGAGCCAGCGACAUGAGCCUGUGAUGUUAUAGAGAUAUGUCUAGCUCUAGAGCCCUUUGAGGCCGACAACUGUUGUUCAGACCACUCUAACAGCGUCAAAUGAACCCAGCCAUCGUCGCAUGAAGAGAAUUGAUAGUAAGUAUCUAGGUAUACAUGACCACAGUACAGCAUUAUGAUCUUGUGUAACGACAAAUCUGUGCCGCAUUACCGCUGAUAAAUGGUUUGCCUAACUUCUAUUGGUAGAUCAUGCCCGGUAAAUAGGAGUGACUGUGCAAAUUGUAGGAAAUCUGCAUUGUCGAUCAUGCAAAGAGCUCUUGACUUUGCAUCAAACUGAAUUUACUGUGUAGACUGCAAACAAGGGCAGUUCCAAUCAGCCAAUCACACUUUUCAAACCCGAUCUGGGAAUUGCCUCGGCACCUCCGCUCAGAUCCGCCCACCUACGGGACGGCCCCCAUCCGCGCAUCCUAAACCAUCCAGCAACUCAGCAUUGGGUUACUUGGAGCUGAUCAUAGUAAUCAAUGGACCAAGAGUUUCCUUGGACUGAGCCUCCAUGGCUGAGCUCAUUAGCAUCGCCCUACUACGACGAGUCACACCGCAGACUUCAAGCUUACGCGCGCAAGUAUUAUGACGAAAAUGUCAUACCCCACAUGCUGGAAUGGGAGGAAAAAGGAGACUGUCCUGAACCCGCAAAGCAGUCAUACCUGCAGUCUGGUCUAGGACACCUUGAGGUCCCAAGGGAAUACCGACCGAGAGAAUUCGCCGCUGUAGCCGGAAUCCCAAUCGGCGAGCUAGAUAUUUUCCACCGCAUGAUCCUUAUUGACGAGUCAUCGCGUGUCGAAGGCGGUGUAACCACGGCGCUGUCCGGGGGCGCAAAUGUAAUUGGCGUCCCGCCCAUCGUGAACUACGGUACAGAGGUGCAGAAAAAGCGCUGGCUACCCGGAAUCUUCACAGGAGAGACAAACUUCUGCCUGGGCAUUACAGAGCCCAGCGGCGGCAGCGACGUGAGCAAUCUGAAGAAUACGGCGAAGAAGAAUCCCGACGGCACGCACUACAUCGUUAGCGGGACCAAGAAAUGGAUCACGGGGAGUCAGUGGGCGACGCACAUGACGACCGCAGUGCGCACAGGCGGGCCCGGCGCGCGCGGUAUCUCGCUGAUCGUAAUUCCGCUGUCGCUACCUGGGGUAUCCGUGGAGAAAAUCCGCAACAGCGGGCAGAGCGCAGGCGGCGCGAGCUGGGUGCGUAUGGACAAUGUCAGAGUGCCCGCUGACCACUUGCUUGGUGUCGAGAACGCGGGGUUCAUGUACGUGAUGAAGAACUUCAACAACGAGCGCUUCGUCAUGGCCAUCGGGUGCAAUCGCAAAGCGCGCACGUGUCUGUCCACGGCCCUGGCUUACGCGCACGAGCGCGAGACGUUCGGGAUCCCACUUAUCGGGCACCAAGUCAUUCGGCAUAAACUCGUACAUCUGGCCCGGGAGAUAGAAGCUCACUGGGCUCGUCUUGAGCAGAUCGCGUAUCACAUCAAGCAGCACGGAUGGGAGAGCAAAGGCAUUGCUGGCCCUAUCGCCAUGGCUAAGAUCUCAGGCGGACGCAUCCUUGAGCUCGCCGCCCGGGAAGCACAGCAGGUGAUGGGAGGCAUCGCGUAUCAGCGGGAUGGUCCCGGCGGUGGCGGACGCGUCGAGCAGAUUACGAGGGAUCUCAGGAUGAUGGUUGUUGGGGGCGGUUCUGAAGAGAUUUUAGGGGAUCUGGCGUUUAAGGAAGAGAUUAAAACUGCGAAGAAGAAGGCUGAUGAGAAGUCUAAGCUGUAAUAUGUUGCGCGUUUCUCGAGAUACUGAUAGUCUGUGUAAGAUAUAAAGACGAAGAUAAUAUCAUCAU